AUGAAGGCUUUCAUUACAGCUUUAACAUUAGCCAGCAGCUAUGCUUUGGCUGCACCAGCCGAACCACCUGUCAAGAGAGCUUCUGUCAGCGACGCAGCUACAGGCUACGCAAGCCUAAACGGAGGCACAACCGGGGGUGCCGGUGGUACCACAACGACGGUCUCCAGCUACGCAGCACUCGCAACUGCUGUGACCGGCGAUAAUAAAAAGGUCAUAUUUGUGUCUGGCACGAUUACUCAGACAGCCGAUCAGAUCAGACCUGGUAACAACACCAGCAUCAUCGGCAAGGAUUCGAGUGCCAAGUUGGUCAAUUUCGGAAUUCUUGUCAAGAAAGCUUCAAACGUCGUAAUUCGGAACUUGGGUAUCUCCAAGGUUCUUGCUGCCAAUGGGGAUGCGAUUGGUGUCCAAUACUCCAACAACGUCUGGAUCGACCACGUCGACGUUUCCUCCGACCGCGACCACGACAAGGACUACUACGAUGGACUACUUGACCUUACUCACGCCGCAGACUUUAUAACUGUUUCCAACAGCUAUAUCCACGACCACUGGAAAGCCUCCCUAAUAGGGCACUCGGACAACAAUGGCGCCGAAGAUACCGGCCACCUGCGUGUAACCCAAAACAACAACUACUGGUACAACAUCAACUCUCGCACGCCCUCCAUCCGCUUCGGAACGGGUCACAUCUACAACAGCUAUUUCGAUGAAGUGAACGAUGGCAUAAACACGCGUGAUGGCGCACAGGUGCUUGUGCAGUCGAAUGUGUUUGUGGGCUCAAGCAAGCCGCUGUAUUCCACUGAUGAUGGGUAUGCGGUUGCGACGGAUAAUGACUUUGGGGAUGGAAGUAACGAAGCGGAGACGGGGACGCUGACCUCUGUGCCUUAUAGUUAUUCUUUGCUGGGAUCGGGGAAUGUGAAGGCUGCUGUCGUGGGGGCUGCUGGACAGACUUUAUCUUUUUAA